AUGGGUGGUGAUCUCAAUCUCAAGAAAUCAUGGCACCCGUCGCUCAUGACCAACCAGAAAAAGGUGUGGGAGGAGGAAAAGAAAGCACUGGAGGAGCGCAAAAAGAUCGAACAGAUCAGGAAGGAGAGGGCAGAGGAAAGACAAAUCCAAGAACUUGAAGAGUUGCAGGAGGCCGCAGGUGGACGAAAACGACAGGCUCGCGUUGAUUGGAUGUACUCGGGUCCGUCUGAUGGUCAAGCCGGUACCACCGAGGAAAUGGAAGGCUAUUUGCUAGGGAAGAGACGGAUAGACGGGCUUUUGAAAGGCAACGAGUCCCAGAAGCUGGAGAAAACGGCCAAGGAGGAUUCCUUCAUGGCUGUGCAGCAUGCGAAUAACGCGAGGGACAUUUCGGCCAAGAUACGAGAGGAUCCGCUGCUCGCCAUCAAGAAGCAGGAACAGGCGGCUUACGAGGCAAUGAUGAACGAUCCCGUCAAGAGAAGAAUGUUAUUGAAGGCAGCGGGAAAAGAAGAGCCUGAGGCGGACCGGGAGCGAGACCGCAAACGCAGGAAGCACCAUCAUCACCACCACCACCAUCACCGACAUCGAGACGAUCGUGAUGGCGAUAUCGACAGACGCGAGAAGUCUCGUUCUUAUCGUGAAGACGAUGAAGAUCGCAAUGGCCGAAGCCGCCACCGUCGGCGCACAUCAUAUACACCCUCGCCGUCUCGAUCACGCUCACCAUCGCGUGCUAGGUCGCCUCCUCGACGUUCUGUCAGAUCUAGAUCGCGCUCUCCUUACCGACGUCGCCGGUCAUAUACGCCAGAAGAUAAAUCAAGGCCGCGGUCACGGUCGCGCUCGACUUCACCUCCUCGACGCAACGGAGACAACGACCGGGUGCGGAAGGCUCAGAGUUGGCACUCCUCUAGGCCGGAGCGGCGGCAUUCUCGAAGUCCUCGUCGUGAUCAGAAGGAUGCAGGUGCAGAGGAGGCAGCCAGAGCGGCAAGGUUGGCAGCGAUGCAGCAGGACGCCUCGGAGCUUGAUAGGCAACGAGAACAGAGGCUGGCGGAGAUCGCAGAGCGGGAGAAGGCUGAGAGGGAACGGGAUGCUGCUGCUCGAGCGCGCAAUGCGAAAUAUGGUGGCCGUGCCAAUUUUGUCAGCAACUUCCACAAGAAGGCUGGUGACAUGACUCUCAGUCAACGCAUGGGCAGGACUGGCGUUUCGGUGGCCCAGGGCGAUGACGGUGAUUGA